AUCGCGACCUGUGAAGCAGCGCUGAAACACAUUAGAAUGGGAAUACCUUAAGUUUAGUAUUCAUUAGAGCCAAGACACUGAUCCGGUCCAUAUUUUCCGUGUUAAUGCUCUAAGCUGAGAUUUAUGCGGAAACGCGAUUCAGGUGGAGAGCAAUUUCUUAUUGCAAUCAAGUUCGACAAGGCGUCGGAGAUCCCUCGUCUUGUAUCCCUUGGACUCGACGUCAAUUCACGAGUGGACUCGAAAGGAUGGACUGCUCUUCACCACGCGGCGACCAAAAACAAACUUGCUUGCGUCAACGCUUUGAUUUCCACCGGUGCGGAUGUCAACUUCACAGAUCAGGCCGGGCAAAGUGCUCUUCACCGUUCCGCUAUUGCUGAUCACUCACUUAUCGCGGGCGCACUUCUCGAUGCUGGAUGCAACGUGGAUGCGCAAGACGAGACGGGUAACACCGCGUUACACGAGGCGUCUUGGAAUGGAUACAACAAAUGUGUCACAGUGCUUCUACAUGCAGGAUGUCGCGUGAAUAUCCACAACAAGGCAGGCUACACGGCGCUACACCUCUCUGCCCAGAAUGGUCACCUCAACGUCACUGAGUUAUUACUAGAUGCCAAAGCCUUGACGGUAUCCAAAAAUAACUACGGUGACACUCCCCUUCACGUCGCCUCACGGUACGGACACCACAAGGUCUGCACAAUCUUGCUUUCAAAAGGAGCCAACAAAUCCGACCAAAAUAACGCAGGAGACACGCCACUCCACAUUGCAGCACAGCUGGGUCACGUUACAGUGGUAGAUGCGUUACUAGAGGGGGGUCAACUAAUUGCAACUAAAAACAACGUUGGAGAGACCGCUCGAGACGUCGCCAUUCGCUGUGGAAACAAAUCCAUCGUACAACGCAUUCCGCUGACCAGUCUACCGCGGCUCGUAAAAAAGAGAGUGCGUCCAUAUAGCGCGGAUGUCGCGGACUUAUUGCGACAUUAUGAGACCGCGACCUCAACAGGAAUUAUCAGCUCAGCAGCCUCGCCUCUUUGGAUCCCCAAACCAACCACAGGGAGCCCAAGACCGAAGUACCCAUGGGAAAGAAAAGACUACUUGAAGCAUAUUGAGUGGCGCAAAAAGGAAGCAGAGAAGGACGAGGAACUCAUGGGCCGACGGCAACGAGGCGAUACUGGUCAGCGGCCACUUGAAUACCACGAAAUGUGCGCAAUCGAGCGCGCGUUCAGUGCGCAAACGCAAAGACAAUCCAGACCUCAUCGGCCAAAAUCACCGGAGAGGAAGCCUCGGGAGAGACGCAAAUCAGAGGGAAGCCCUAAUGCCACGAGUAAUCCCGGCCUUAAAGCUACUCCAAUAUCUAACGGUGCACUUAUACGCACUAAAAGUCGUGAGGACCUUGAAGAGUACGGACCAUACGUACCCCCAGCAGCGGUGGGAGAAAAUGGAAUUCCAUCAGGAAAUCGAGAAAAAUCCCACGGCAAGAAAUCAUCAUUCUUCGGGUUAUUCCGCAGCUCUAGUGAUCCCGACUUCCACGCAAACUCUAAAACACGGAGGUCUUUUAGUUGGAGGAAAAAAUCUCCCGCGAAGAGGCACGCACCGGAAGGUGGAGAGUAUGAUAAAUCACUUCCGGUCAAUGGAGUGGAUUCACUUCCGUUAAAAACACAUCCGGUUGAUGACGAACUACCGGUGGACCAGAUUCUUGAUGAUAAGCUAGAUAUUGAUCGGUUGUCAACUGAAGCUCUUCAAAUUUCUGAACUUCCGGGUUAUUCACUUCCGGUGGAAGAACCCGUACCUUUGAACAAUUCACUUCCGAUAGAUUCGCUAUUUCCGGAAGAUCCUUCCUGGAGAAGGGCAAAAGAAAUUUGGGAGAAAAACGAGACGGGGGAGACAAAAGAGGAAAGGAAAAAGAGACAUAAAGAUAAGAAGAAGAAACGCGAGGAGAGCAAGGAACGUCGGAGACAUAGCGACAAGGCUGUAAAAUUGGAACGGAAACGGGAAAAGGAGGAGAAAAAACGAGAUAAGAGUGAGAAACGUGAACGAAGUCGAGAGCGAAGUAAGGAUCGUAAAAAGGACAGAGACUCUUCAAAACAUAGAGAUAAGGAAAAGGAUAGAAGUAGGGAAAGGGACAGGUCCGGAAGUAAACACCGGUCGAAAGAUCGGACAAGACGGGAUAGCGGUGAUUCGCACGAGAGACAACAUAGACCACAGCGCUCAGGAAGCGAUGCGUCUAACGAUAGCAGACGCGGCACGCAUAGGAGCCGUAAACACAAACAUAGACUCGAAUCAGAAAAGAAAGCGAAAAAUGUGAAAAAGAUAAUAAUCCAUGAACUAGACAACCUCGAACUUGAUUCCGAGGGACUCAAAGAGAUUUUAGAUAAGUUGGAUGGACUUGGACGCUUAAAAAGAAAGGCCGACAGAUCACGUGACAGAUCUAGGUCACGAGAAUCACAAAGGUCACGUGAGCGAGUGGAGAGGUCACAAGGCAGGUCAUGUGAGCAUCACAAGGCGCGUAGAGCUAAGGAGAGGGAGAGGAGACGGAAGAUGAAGGGCAAAGAAAAACACGUGUAUAUUGACUCUGAGGAUUCCUACCACUGCCAUGCGUGUCAGAGAUCACUCCUCGAAUUCGAGGCAAGACAGGAGCAGUGCAGUGCGGACAUCGACAGCGCGCGACGCUCAAUCGAACACAAGAUCCAGCGACUGGAGAAAAAGUUUGAUCAACAGUUCUCUUCAACUGAGAAAAACAUGGACAAAAACGACUCUUCCCUCCCUAAAAAGGAGAUAUUCCAACAGAUUGUUACGGACCUUUCCGACGAAUUUCAAAAGGUCACUCGGAAUCUUGAAGUUCGUACCAGCGAAAUGAAAAAUGAACUAUCGGUUUUGGUUCAAGAGAAGCCGACAGAUUGGACGAGAGAGACAAGAGAAGCGAAAAGUAGGAGCAUACCCCGGACGGGAAAAGUGCUCUCACCAGAUCGAGGAUUGGUUACCAGGAGCUCGCCGAUACUAUGGCCGAGCGGGAGUAGAGGCGAAAAUAAGGCCGUUAUUGACGACAAGAGCUGCGUUGAAGGUAACGCACAGGUGCGAGUCAGUCAGUCGAAUGCUCUGGACACUCUGAAUGAGCCUCAGACGAAUGUUAAAAAAAGGACAUCUCAUUAUCACGAAGGUACCUCAUCUGACAGCACCGCGGAGGCCCUCAAAGAAAGGGACCAAGACCUGGCAGAAGACCUUUUCGAGAAGUUUAUCAAUGUAGACCAAGAUCACGUAUGCAAGGAUCGUAUGCAAAAUGGACAUGGAAUCGAGUCCCCACAUAAUGAGGUGCUGUCCGAUGACGCGGCUGAGGCCCUACGGAUUAAGUACCUGGGCCAAAUCAAGGACCUUGAAAGACAGUAUAGGGAACAGCCCCCUGAGGAACAGGAGGCGUUGCAAAAACGAAUCGAAGAGCUAGAAUCACUUCUCAGAGAAAUACGAACUUCUUCUUCCUAAGAUCAAGAUGAUAUGGUUAUGUUCGAACAUAUUUUGCAUGAAAGGAAGAAGAAGGGAGGCAAAAUGUGAAAUGUGUCUAAUGUGAUUGCAGGAAAUAUCUCCAUACUAACAUUUUCGGCGCGCACCAAAACACGAUGGAAUUUUCCCAGUUGGCUAUUUUUGGUAGCACGCGUGGCACUAUAAAUAACUUUUGGUGGAGAGGCCGGUGAGACCCAAUUGCUCUAUUGACAUUGAUUACUACAAUAUUUUGUACCAGCCAAAAGUUACGUUUUGUACGAGUUGUUUCUCUUGGAAACUUUUUAAUGUAAUUUGCACAUUGUUGAUAUCUCAAGACAGUAUUUAUGAGGAAAAUAUUUGUAAUAUUUUAUCGCAAAAUUCAUAUAAAAAAUGAUUACACUGA